GAUAAUUUACUGACAACGCAGCGGAUUGAUCCCAUACUGACUCCGGGCCAAGUUGCUACCCAUGUGCACUCCGGUGCGCAAGGCAGUUCACCAGGCUGCGAUCGAAUUAAUGUCUGCCGCCCAGUCGUCGGCAGUAGUGGCUUUGGACUCGAUUCUACGAGCUCAGACGUCCUACGCAACAGCUCCUGCACAUCCGUGCCCAUCCGCGAGGAUAAGAGUAAUUACUGGUAUCCACAAUUGUAUUUUCGAUGGCAGAACGGGACGUUCAGUCUUGUCGAUGGCAACCCGGUCAUGUACGUCUCGCACUACCUGUUCAGCGACGAAGUCAACAGCACGACGCCGUUUCCUGUUGAUGUGAGUUGCGCUACGGAAGGCGAUCCCAAUCUGCGCACCUUCGAUCCCGCGAGUUUCGCUCAACAAGCAAUCACAUUUUUGUGCCUACAGGCCGGAGGCGUCUCAGCUCGAUUCAAUGAGCUCCCUCGAGGUGCAUGUUCGAACGGGAUUCGCUCACAGAUCAACUUUCCCAGCUGCUGGGACGGGAAGAACGUCGACUCGGACGACCAUCGCUCCCACGUCGCUUUCUUGUCGACAGGACCGGAUAACGGGACGUGUGACGACCCUGCAUUCCCGUACACACUUCCAAGAAUAUUCAUGGAGGUAUACUGGAUUACGCAAGUUUGGGACGCCUUCCGGUCGCAGUCUUAUUCUCCGGAUCAGCCUUUCGUCUUCUCCAACGGCGAUCCCACGGGGUAUGGGUAUCAUGCUGACUUCGUCAACGGCUGGGAGCCGUUCGCCUUGAAGAACGCCCUCGACUACUGCCACUGCAACCCCUACGGUGACCCAUCCUGCUGCGUUGCCCAGGGUCUCUUCACCUUCGAUCAAGAGGCCAAGUGCUACAGCACGGAUUCCGUGGAGGAGAAAGUCAAAGGCACCCUCGACACCCUCCCCGGUGCAAACCCCGUGCAGGCCCCCUGCUAUGAAGACUACGUAGCCACAGCGACACCAGCUAUCGUCGCCCCCGUAUACGCGUACGACGGCUCGGAGAAUCCGGUCUACACCGCCGUCGAUGGUACUCGAGCCGCUAGGCCGACAGUGACGGUCCAGCAUGCAGCGAGCUCGGCCAACGUCGCACAGACUGCACAGGGGACGUGCAUCUAUAACAGCGCCGCGCACACUGCUGUCCGAGAAGGCUGGGUCACGUCGGUUGGCAUGCUUUGGAUCGCCUACUUCCUGAUGUAA